AGAGAGUGAGCAUAGACCUUUAGCUAGGGUCAGGGUAAAAAGGGUUUCUGAAGAAAGGGAAGUGCGAUUAAGAUGAUGGAGUCUGGGGUUCCUAUUUGCAACACCUGUGGAGAACACGUCGGGUUGAGUUCUGAUGGAGAAGUGUUUGUGGGUUGCCAUGACUGUAAUUACCCAAUUUGCAAAUCGUGUUUCGAUUAUGAGAUUAAGGAGGGUCGCAAUGCUUGUAUACGAUGUCACGCUCCCUAUGAUGAUAACUCAACAGUGGCUGAUGUUGUAGAGGGAUCUAGAAACCAUUCCACAAUGGCAGCUCACCUUAAUAAUGGUCAGGAUGUCGGACUCCAUGUGAGAAAUAUAAGUACUGUGUCUACAGUGGACAGUGAUUUAAUUGAUGAAUCUGGGAACCCCAUAUGGAAGAAUAGGGUGGAAAGUUGGAAGGACAAGAAGAACAAGAAGAAAAAGGCUGCAAGCAAGGUUGUUAAAGAAGUUCAAAUUCCACCUGAGCAGCAGAUGGACGAAAAGCAGCAGGCACAAGAGGCUGCACAGCCACUGUCAGCAGUUAUUCCAAUUCCAAAGAGCCAGCUUAGUCCAUACAGGACUGUCAUUAUUGUGCGAUUGAUCAUUCUGGCCCUUUUCUUCCAUUAUAGAGUAACAAAUCCUGUUGACAGUGCAUUUGGAUUGUGGCUCACUUCUGUCAUCUGCGAGAUCUGGUUUGCUUUUUCUUGGGUGUUGGAUCAAUUCCCUAAAUGGUGUCCUAUUAAUAGGGAAACAUUUCUCAACAGGCUAUCUGCAAGGUAUGAAAGAGAGGGUGAACCUUCUGAGCUUGCUGCUGUGGACUUCUUUGUGAGUACAGUUGAUCCUUUGAAAGAGCCACCUCUGAUUACUGCCAAUACUGUGCUUUCAAUCCUUGCUGUGGACUACCCUGUCGAUAAAGUCUCCUGCUAUGUGUCUGAUGAUGGUGCUGCAAUGCUUACAUUUGAAUCCCUGGUAGAAACAGCCGAUUUUGCAAGGAAAUGGGUUCCAUUCUGCAAAAAAUUUUCAAUUGAACCACGUGCACCUGAGUUUUACUUCUCACAAAAAAUAGAUUACUUGAAGGACAAAGUGCAACCUUCUUUUGUCAAAGAACGUAGAGCAAUGAAAAGAGAUUAUGAAGAGUACAAAGUUCGGGUAAAUGCUUUAGUAGCAAAGGCUCAGAAAACACCAGAUGAGGGCUGGAUUAUGCAAGAUGGAACAUCUUGGCCAGGAAACAACACCCGUGACCACCCUGGCAUGAUUCAGGUUUUUCUUGGACAUAGUGGCGCCCAUGAUAUAGAGGGAAAUGAGCUUCCUCGACUGGUUUAUGUCUCAAGAGAGAAGAGACCUGGCUACCAACACCACAAAAAAGCUGGUGCUGAAAAUGCUCUGGUAAGGGUGUCCGCAAUCCUCACAAAUGCACCAUACAUUCUCAACCUUGACUGUGAUCACUAUGUUAACAACAGCAAAGCAGUCCGGGAGGCCAUGUGUUUCUUGAUGGAUCCACAAGUUGGUCGAGAUGUAUGUUAUGUGCAGUUCCCACAGAGGUUUGAUGGCAUUGAUCGCAGUGACCGAUAUGCCAAUCGCAACAUUGUCUUCUUUGAUGUUAACAUGAAAGGAUUGGAUGGCAUUCAAGGACCAGUUUAUGUGGGGACAGGUUGUGUUUUCAACAGGCAAGCACUGUAUGGCUAUGGGCCUCAAUCUUUGCCCAGUCUGCCGAAGGCUUCUUCAUCAUGCUCGUGGUGUGCCAGCUGCUGUUGCUGCUGCCGCACCAAGAAACCCACAAAAGAUCUCUCAGAGUUUCAGCGUGAGUCAAAACAAGAAGAUCUAAAUGCUGCCAUUUUCAACCUUAGGGAGAUUGAGAAUUAUGAUGAGUAUGACAGGUCAUUACUCAUCUCCCAGAGGAGCUUUGAGAAGACUUUUGGCUUGUCUACUGUCUUCAUUGAGUCUACACUUAUGGAGAAUGGAGGAAUAGCUGAAUCUGCCAACCCAUCGACACUGAUCAAUGAAGCAAUUCAAGUCAUUAGCUGUGGGUAUGAAGAGAAGACAUCGUGGGGUAAAGAGAUUGGCUGGAUAUAUGGGUCAGUUACUGAGGAUAUCUUGACAGGCUUCAAGAUGCAAUGUCGAGGAUGGAGAUCAAUUUACUGCAUGCCCUUAAGACCUGCAUUCAAAGGUUCAGCACCUAUCAACUUGUCUGAUCGUUUGCACCAGGUUCUCCGAUGGGCACUUGGAUCUGUUGAGAUUUUCUUGAGCAGACACUGUCCCCUCUGGUAUGGUUUUGGUGGAGGCCGACUCAAAUGGCUCCAAAGACUUGCCUAUAUAAACACCAUCGUCUACCCUUUUACAUCUCUUCCUCUUGUUGCAUACUGCUCACUGCCUGCUAUAUGCCUUCUAACUGGAAAAUUCAUCAUACCAACGCUAUCAAACCUGGCAAGUGUUUGGUUUCUUGGCCUCUUCCUUUCGAUCAUAGCAACCAGUGUGCUGGAGCUGCGGUGGAGUGGUGUCAGCAUUGAGGAUUUGUGGCGUAAUGAGCAGUUUUGGGUGAUUGGAGGACUCUCAGCCCAUCUCUUUGCCGUCUUCCAAGGAUUUCUCAAAAUGCUUGCUGGCCUAGACACAAACUUCACUGUGACUGCCAAAGCAGCUGAUGAUGCAGAGUUUGGAGAGCUAUAUAUCUUCAAGUGGACCACAGUUUUGAUCCCCCCCACAACCAUUCUCGUUGUGAAUUUGGUUGGCAUUGUUGCUGGAUUUUCCGAUGCAUUGAACAAGGGCUAUGAAGCAUGGGGUCCUUUAUUUGGAAAGGUGUUCUUUGCAUUUUGGGUGAUCCUUCAUCUCUAUCCAUUCCUCAAGGGUCUAAUGGGGCGCCAAAACCGGACUCCUACCAUUGUUAUUCUGUGGUCAGUGCUUUUGGCUUCUGUUUUCUCUCUUGUUUGGGUCCAGAUAAAUCCAUUUGUGAGCAAAGAUGAUAGUUCAACCCUUUCCCAAAGCUGCAUUUCCAUUGACUGUCCCUAAGGAAGUUUACCACAAUUCUCAGAAUUUAUAUCCCCUCUUUCCCAGGUGGCAUUGCAAUUAUUCCACCAUUAUGCCAGCUCUGAUAGAUUUCUGAGACAUAUAGACAUGCUUCUUUAAGUUUUGGAAACUCCAUGUGUAAAUUCUUUUGGUUUGAGGAAUGUAUGGUAUUCUCCUUCUUUUGAAUUUGGAUGUACACAGAAAAUGAAACAGCAUGAAUGGUUGAUUUUCGACUUUAUCUUAUUCUAUAAACCAUAAUUUUUUCUGCUUUUUCUUGUG